CCAAAAUAUCAUUUCCUACUCUGUCUAAUUUUUGUUUUCGUGUCGUUCUGCUCAGUUUCUUUGGAUUUUCUCCUCUCUUUCAAACCCUCCAUUAAAACCGAUCUCCAUUUUUCUCUCUCAAUCGAUUUCCUUGUAAUAAGGUUGCAUUUUUUCAAUUUCUUCUUUUUUUAUUUGAAUAAAUUAUACAAGCAGGCCGUGGAGAUCAGGAUCUCCGCCGUGCCUGGCCGGAAGGAGAUGUGGUAUCUUCCGGUCGUAAUUCCGGCGGUUGAGAGACAAAUCCAGCUGAAAACGAUCGAGUUGUGCUGAAUGAGAAACGGAAUUCUGGUGUAAAUCCUAUACAAAAAUAAUUGAGAAAUAAAAGAGAGAAUAGAAGAUACAUGUAGUUAACGUGCAAUGUAGGGAAAACAGCAAGAAAAAAAUGAAGAGUGAGAAAGGCAUCGAGGAAGCUUUGGAGGAGAAUCAAUGUGUUUUUGCUUUCAUUGAAGCCAAGAACACAGCUUCUUUUGAGAAGACCACGCAGGAGAUAUCUGAAAUUAUGAACUCUCGGGGAUUUUCUCCAUCUUUCUUUUCUGAGGAGGUGUGUUUGUCUGAUGAGAGACUGCUUGGUGUAAGGAAGACGGACCACAUGACUAGUUACUCUGUUGCACAUUUUCCCGUCAUUCAAGCUGUUGGGAGUCUAAAACCAAAUGCUGCUGCUUCGUCACCUCUUGAAAAUCGAAUCCAAGUGGAUUCACAAAUUGCAAAGGGUUUUAUUCAUCCUGACUAUUAUCUCAAUCGUGUUCGAGAUGCUAAUCUAUUAGGGAAACAAAUUGUUGCAGCAGAAAGAGCAGCCAGUCGUUCCUUGCCAUGUGCAGUUGACCAUGAUCUAGGUUCUAGAAUUAAUUUGAAUAUGGACUCUGGUUCAUAUUUUUUCAAUGCAGAAAAAGUAAAUCUGAUGGGUGCUCAGCAUGAGAAUGUAAAUCUAUCUCCAAAUGAUGCUGCAUAUAGUCACUCCGGUGCUGCUGCUCCUGCUCUUGCUCCCUCACAUUAUGAGGAAGAGGAGGCUUUUGAAUCACUUAAAGAACUUGAGGCGCAAACUAUUGGUAAUCUUCUCCCUGAUGAUGAUGACUUGCUUUCUGGUGUGACAGAUGGGUUUAAUAACUCCAUUCGACCUGAUAAUGGGGAAGAUAUGGAAGAUGACUUGUUUAGCAGUGUUGGAGGACUGGAACUUGGGGAAGAUGGAUUUUCUCGAAGAAAUUAUAAACUUUCUGAUGUUAAUUCUAUUAAUCAAAUGCUAAUGUGUGUGGGUACCAAUGGUGGGGAACACCCGUAUGGUGAGCACCCCUCAAGGACGCUCUUCGUCAGAAAUAUAAAUAGCACUGUUGAAGAUUCUGAGCUGCAAACCAUUUUUGAGCAAUUUGGAGAUAUCUGCACCUUGUACACUGCAUGCAAGCAUAGGGGAUUUGUUAUGAUCUCCUAUUAUGAUUUAAGAGCAGCAUGUAAUGCGAUGAAAGCACUCCAAUAUAAACCACUAAGGAGUAGGAAGCUUGAUAUACAUUUCUCAAUUCUGAAGGAGAAUCCAUCAGGUAGAGAUAUUAAUCAGGGAGCUCUUAUGGUUUUCAACCUCGAUUCCUCUGUUUCCAACGAUGAACUCCGUGAGAUUUUUGGUGUCUAUGGUGAAAUCAAAGAGAUCCGUGAUGCUCCACAUAUGUCGGACAACAAAUUUAUAGAGUUUUAUGAUGUCAGAGCUGCAGAAUCUGCACUUUGUGCUUUGAACAAGAGUGAUAUUGCUGGAAAGCAGAUUAAUCUUGUACCCGGCUGUCCUGGUGGUGGCUCCAUAAGAUUCAUGCGGCCCUUUUCUUUAGAGUUGGAGCAGGUACAACAGCACAGCCCUACUAAUAAUUUGUCAACAGGGUUUUCUGUAUUUGGGGAGAGCACACCCACCACAGAUAACGGAACUAUUCUUGGCCCACUUUCAGCAAACGGAGGCCCUGUUACUCCACACCUGGAUAAUGUGCUGCACCCUGGAGUAUCUUCUAGUGUACCUAACCGAUUACCAUCUCUAAUAAGAGUUGAACCUGGAAAUCAAUCCAGUAUUUCUGAUCCUAGCCACUUACAGAACCACCUGAAAUUUGAGCUCCAGGGGCCGACUAAUCUUCAUCCUCAUUCACUUCCUGAAUAUCAUGAUGGUUUAGCGAGUGGCCCUCCCUUUGGUUCUCCAAGCAAGAUUGCAUCAACUAUUGGUACCAGACCACCAGAAAUGAUUGAUGACGUGAAGGAAGCUUUUAGUUCCUCUGGAAAUGGGAGCUUUCCUUCUCCUGGGCAUCAUUACAUGUGGAGUAAUUCACAUCAUCUACAGCGGCCUCAGCCCAUUUUGUGGCCUAAUUCACCGUCAUUUGUUAAUGGGAUUGGUGGUGCUACUGCUCAUCCUCAACAACUGCAUACAAUACCCAGAGGUCCAUCUCACAUGCUGAAUUCACUUGUACCUCUAAAUAACCAUCAUGUUGGAUCAGCACCUUCUGUCAAUCCUUCUCUCUGGGACAGACGACAUGCUUUUGCUGGGGAGUCACCUGAUGCUACUGUAUUUCACCCAGGCUCUCUAGGGAACAUGAGAAUUUCUGGUAAUUCUCCACAUCCACUCAAAUAUGUUCCUCAUGAUAUUUUUCCUCGGGCUGGUGGAAAUUGUAUGGAUGUGCCGAUCGCUUCCAAAAAUAUUGGAUUACAUCCUCAUCAUCAGAGGUGCAUGAUUUUCCCUGCAAGAGGCCAAAUGUUUCCUAUGAUGGGUUCUUUUGAUUCUCCUAAUGAACGGGCGAGAUGCCGCAGGAAUGAAGGCAACUCGAGUCAAGCUGAUAACAAGAAGCAGUUUGAGCUCGACUUAGACAAAAUUGUACGAGGAGAAGAUAAGCGGACAACCCUUAUGAUAAAGAACAUUCCUAACAAGUAUGUCGUAAACAAAUGCAAUGUGGGUUACGCCUUUAUAAACAUGACAGAUCCUUCCCUUAUAGUUCCCUUUUAUCAGACAUUUAAUGGAAAGAAAUGGGAAAAGUUCAAUAGUGAAAAAGUAGCAUCUUUGGCAUAUGCUCGAAUACAAGGAAAGAAUGCCCUCGUUGCACACUUCCAGAAUUCAAGCUUGAUGAAUGAAGACAAGAGGUGCCGUCCAAUACUGUUCCAUACCGAUGGUCCUAAUGCAGGCGAUCAGGUUCCUUUCCCAAUGGGUCCUAAUAUUCGACCGCGAACAGGAAAAAUUCGAACCAGCGUCACUGAUGAUAACUACCGCCAUGAAAUACCAUCAAGUUCUCUAACUGUGGAGGAUUAUUCCAUUGGGGAUUUAUCUUCUGGUUCAGGCAAAGAUUCGGAAUGAGUUGUUGCCUACUUUUUUUGUGAUGACUAACCUGCUAGAAGUCGAUGAGCAUGACCUUAAUUUUCCUGUAUUUUCUUUCUGUCUUCAUUUUUCUUCUUUGUUGUAUGUAUAUUACGGCAUGGUAAAAAGCACGACUGGAGGGGGUUGAGGAGAAACUUUGUUUCUGGUGAAUAUGGAGAAGCCUAAAAAUUGACAGUGCAAUGGCAAUGAGGAGCAAACAUGGAACUUCGAAAUUUUGGACUAUAAUCUGAGGGGUUUCAUUAUUCUGUAUUAUGUAUAGAGGGAGGGCUUUUUGUUCCUUUUCCCCCUUUUUGCGCCCGAAUUUUCGCAUUUCUCUCUUGGCAGUUAGCUAAGUCAGUAGGGGAAAACCUUUGAAGGAAUUUUUGUGGUGAAUGAUGAUGAUGAUGUAUAACUCGGUCUGAGUCGAGUCGGUUUUAUUAAAUAUGAGGAUAUGGUUUGUGCUCAUUGGCCCAAGUUAUUGCUCCUUCAUUUUGAAUGUUUGUAAACGUUUAUUUAUUUUUUGUUUCCUUCUUGCUGCGCC